AUGGAUGACGACGAGCUCCUUGGUCGCAUGGAGCAAGGGAUCGCCGACCUGUGGGCAUCACCGGCAGUCCGCGGCGGCGACGGCGACGACGAGGCCUUCACCAUCGUGCGCCUGCCGUCGCACGUCCACGCGCUGAACAAGACCCUGUACGAGCCGCGCGUGGUGUCCGUCGGCCCGUACCACCUCGGCAGCGACAGCACCCGCGGCAUGCAGGGACACAAGUGGCGCUUCCUCCGCGACUUCCUCCUCCGGGACAGCCCCGCCGGCGCCGGUGACCGCCUCGACGCCUGCGUGCUCGAGGCACGCGCGAUGGAGGAGCGGGCGCGGCGCUGCUACGGCGAGCCGCUGGAGAUGGGGAGCGACGAGUUCGUGCAGAUGCUGGUGCUCGACGGCUGCUUCGUCCUUGAGUUCUUGCUCAAGUGGAGCGAGAGCGACGCGGCGGCGGAGCUCGACGCGUACAUGCAGUGGACGUGGAUCUACGUCUACUACGAUCUCCUCCUCGUGGAGAAUCAGAUCCCGUUCUUCGUCGUCGCCAAGCUAUUCAGCCUCGCCAUGGGCAAAGAUCUCGGCGGCGGCGGCGGCGCGGCAGGCAUGGGAGACGACGCGGUGGACCAGCGUCUUCUUGACCUCAUCUAUAACUUCUUCAGCCUGCACGAGCCGCUGUGCCAGGUCCCGGCGCCGAGCCAGCUCACCGUGCACCACCUGCUCCAUCUCCAGUACCAGAGGAUGGUCAUAGCGCCGGAGAGGAAGGGGACGCUUCGCCGGAGGCCGACGUCGUCGCGGCUGACGAGCCGGCUGAGCGCGAGCCUGUACAACAUCCGGACGGGCAUCAGCGCGUCGGUGCGUGCCAGGAUGAUCGGCUCAACGACGACGACGCCGCUGGCGAUCCCGUGCGUGACGGAGCUGCAGGAGUUCGGGGUGGCGUUCCGGGAGAAGGCCUCGCCGGUGAGCCAGUUCGACGUGAUGUUCCGCGGCGGGACGAUGGAGAUCCCGCGGCUGGCGCUCAACGCCGGCGCGAGGAUCCUCCUGGCCAACCUGCUCGCCCUGGAGCAGACGACGCGGGACUGGAAGGAGGGCAUCGUCACCAGCUACCUCGUGCUGAUGAACGCGCUGGUGAACACCGCCGCCGACGUCGCCGUGCUCCAGCGCCGGGGAGUCCUGGACAACAUGCUCUCCAACGAGGACGCCGCGGCGGCGUUCUUCAACCGGCUCGGCGGCUGCGCGCUGUUCGACCCCAGGGGGCACCACUACGCGCGGCUCUUCGCCGACGCCAACGAGUACUGCAACCACCGGUGGAACCGGUACAUCGCCGUGCUGAAGCGCGACCACCUCCGGACGCCCUGCUCCAUCAUCUCCCUGCUCGCCGCCGCCACCUUGCUCUGCAUCUCGGUCAUGUCAGCCGGCUUCCUCAUUUGCCGCUAUCGCCAUGCUUGUUCUUAG